AUGUCGGCUCAGGUCCCGUUCCCUGGUCAGUCGGGCCAAUCUGGUGACCUUUCGGAUCUCAAGAUCGACCUCCCACGCAACGCCACCUCGUCUGCCAAGGAGGAUGCCGCCGUCGCAGCCGCCUCCAACGUCAGCGCAACAUCGGCAGCGCCUGCAUCCAACCAUCGCCGUCAAGGCUCCUACCAGGCUACCGAUAAGCCUGCUACUGUCCCUGCUGGCUGGCACCAUCAUCCCCGCCAACCAGGUCCACACUCCGAGGGCUACUUCCCUGGCGGUUCGGCAGGCGUACCAAAGACACCCAGCAGCCUCUCAAUGCGCGUCCACGGUCGAGCCCAGAGCAGCGCGGGCAGUGGUCCAUCAGCUCAUCCAUUCAACCUCAAUCUCGCUUCUGCCCAUCCUAACGUCGAUGGCCACCACGCCGGGCCCAGCAGUCUCAGCCUCUCCCACCACCCUGGCCUGCACGGCCUCGGCAAUGGCGGUGGAUACAGCGCUGGUCCACCCAGUCCCAGCACCCUCACCGAUGUCAUCCUCGGCCUCCAUAGCACCUUCUACUCCUGCAAACGCAAACCUGAAGAGGUCAAAGAGAUGGUCUGGCGCUACUACGAGAGCGGCGCCGUCUUCGAAUCUCCCUUGCUCUCCGCACACGGAAGGAACCAGAUUGCCAACCAGUUCAUGAUGGCUUUCGCUUUGCCAGGCAUGGACGUUCAAUCUGAGCUUCGUGAUGUUAUCUGCUCCGAUUUCGAGUUUGAUGGAACACGAGCGGGUAUCAUCGACCACACGAUCACCGUCACUCUCUUCCCUUCGCUCUUUGGUUCGUCCGUGCCCAAGCCAUCUGCCGAUCCCAACGCCAGCGACGUCAACCGCACGCCUCGCGCAUCUUCAUCGCAUCCCAUGUCUGCGUCCGCCUAUCCCAUGACUCCUCACCCCUUCAUCGAUUAUGGUGGCAGCAGUGCCUACUCACGAGUCGCCAGUCACCCGCAGAGCCCUACCACGCCCUUCAGCAUCUCGAGCGUCUGGGGUGGGUCGAGGCCACACACACCCGGCCACGGUGGCAUGCGUCCGCUCUCGGGCACGCAGCCACACGCUACCAACACGCCUCCCAGCGUCAACGGCGAAGACUUCGGGGCCACACCCUCCUCUGCUGCCACGCCGACCGCCAACUCGAUCCUCAACAGCCUCACCAACGGCGCCAACGGACACCACUACGUCGAUGCCGAGGCUGUGCAGCAACAAUUGGCUUCACGUCCACCUAUCCCAGCCGAUGCUCUCACGCCGCACUGGAGCAGUGAGGGCUUGGGCCGAUCCACCUUCCGAGCGCUGCUUUGGUCGCUCUUCCACCCCAGAGCCGCGCUCAAGUCGUUGUUCAGCAUCCAGCUGCGUGUCAUGAGCCGCCUCGAGUUCAACGACGCUGGUCUGAUCGUCCGACAUGAGGACACCUGGGGCCUGCGCGAGACCAUCGAGGGUGUGAUCCCUUUUGCAUCCCUCAUCUAUUCAAUCGAGCGCAGGUUGGUCGGCUUCCUCGUCUCGUGGGCCAUCGCCAAGGGAUUCAAACUGUCUUCCGUCUUGCUGCACAAGGCCAUUCCAGGCGCAUCCUCGUCGUCGACCGACCUCGAACCGCACUCGUCUACUGGCGCUGGAUACCAGAUCAGCCAGCACGAUGCCGAGGCCAUGUUUACUCACCCUCACUUGCAGCAUCUUGGCCGUGCCCCAGCGCGAGAGUUCCAGACCAUCUCUCGAUCGCGGGCUCCGUCCCCCACUCGUUUCCGCUUUGGCAGCACUGCGGGCUUGUCGGGAGGCGGUACUGUAACAGGCACACGCACCAGGACGAGGUCCGGCUCGCACUCGAUGGCGCCUUCGCGUGCCAUGUCGACCGACAACCUCGCGUCGCACUUUGCCUCUGCCUACGCCACUCCGCACACGGCGGGCGCCAUCGACUCGCGCCGCUCGGCGGAUUUUCCGCCCGACAGUAGCGCCAAGUUCAGGGAGCGGUCUGCAAAGAGACUAGACGGCGGACGCGCUACCAGCACCAACUCAGCUCCUGGCUCCGCGCUGCCUUCUUCCAUGUCGAACGCUUCCAACAUCAGUGGGUACGACGGCGUCGAGUUUGGUUCCGGUGGCGCUGCGGCAGGGGGAGGACCGGCAGCGAACCUGGUCAACAUGUGGGAGCACUUUUCGGCCCAGUCGCGCCCGCAGUCUAAGGCCGCGUCGGUGGUUUCGAACGAUGAUUCUAGAGGUGCAUUGCGUGCGCCAGAUCAGGACCAGCAGUAG